AUGUCACAUUGGAGAUAUCGACCCUGCAAUCAUCGACUACCUAUGGGUUCCAAACGGCUCCGGCGAGUGGUCAAUAAGCCCACCCCCGUCAUCCGACCAGAACAAAGUCGAGGAUCCCAUAACUCGAAGGACUGGAUGACCGGUGGGGGAUCCGGUAUUCUUGGGGCUCCGUCGCGGCCUUAUAGUAUUCAAGCCACUCUCACUUUCGGUUCCGGAACGGAAAGACUGACAGUGAAAGUGAGACGGGAUGAGUACUACAAUGAGGAAGACAUGAAAAUGGGCAGAACCACCAAGGAUCUAGCUCAUGGCAUUGCAAAUGGUGUCAAGCAAGGCAUGACUGUUGCACUGGAUGGCUCGAGUAACAAAUUGUCCCCGGGAAUGGCCAAUGCAACCCGCCGUUGCCUCCCUGCUGCUGGCACUUUCUGUAUAAAAGACCCUACUUUCAACCAGAACGGCGAUCUGCUGGUCAACGUAGAAUAUGACGGGUGCGUUUUCUCUGGUGUCUGUCCUUUUUCUGCCACAGUAACCUGGCAGUCUAACCAGGGCGGAUCCUCCACCACCCCCUCCCAAACACAUCUAUACCAUUACAACACUUCCAUGCGCCAUAAGCAGUGGAUUUCUAACUGGAUGGACUGUUAA